UAUGUAAUUAGUCCUCAGAGAAAUACGGAAAUUUUGAGGUUAAUUGCGGGAAAAAUACUGUUUGUAGUUGAAAUAAAUUUUAAUAUUAUUAAUAUUAUUUUUAUCUACUUCAAAAAUAUUUAUCUUUUUUCAAUAAUAUUUUACUUAUUUAAUUCCGAACUCUAUUUACUGUAUACUUUAUGGCGCAAAAAGUGCAUAAUUUUUCGCGUGUGCGGUAGUCAACUAUUCUUUUGUAUCAUCAAAUGUGGCGCCGGUGAUAUUGUAAAAGAAACUCAUAUGAUAAAUAUUAACAAUAAUCUUUUGAAGUAAAUAUAUAUUUAAUAUUAAAGUUAUAUCAAUAGUAACUGUGAAUUGUAUAUAGAGAUUAUUUUUAAGAAUAACGUAAUAUUUAGAACAAGUUAUAAUACUCUUUUUUUGAUUAUUUAUAUAAGAUCCAUGCUCAAUCAGCAAUAUCUAAAUUGAUAAUACAGUCGUAGAUUUUGAUUUUAAAUUAAGAACGUUUACAAUUUUGAGUGAAUUUUGUGUCGCUUGAUAAAAGCAUUAUUGUGUCAAUUAUAAAAUAAUGAUAGUGGUGAAUAAUUAACUAAUCUUAAAGUAUAUUAGCUAAAAGAAAAGAUUUUUUACAAAAAUAAUGGCAGCUAAUAUCGCAGCACAACGAAUCAAACGUGAAUUCAAAGAGGUUAUAAAAAGCGAAGAAGUUGCACGUUGUGCUAUUAGAGUUGAAUUAGUAAAUGACAGUUUCACUGAACUCAAGGGAGAAAUUGCUGGACCACCAGAUACCCCCUACGAAGGUGGAAAUUUUGUGCUAGAAAUAAAAGUCCCGGAAACUUAUCCAUUUAAUCCACCCAAGGUACGAUUUAUAACGAAAAUUUGGCAUCCGAAUAUUUCUUCAGUUACUGGAGCAAUAUGUUUAGAUAUUUUAAAAGACCAGUGGGCAGCAGCCAUGACUUUACGCACUGUUUUACUUUCCCUCCAAGCUUUACUAUCAGCUGCAGAACCUGAUGAUCCACAGGAUGCUGUGGUAGCUAAACAAUAUAAAGAACACCCGGAAAUGUUUCGUCAAACAGCAAAACAUUGGACAUCUGUUUAUGCUGGUGGUCCUGCUAAAAUGCCCGAAUUAAAUGAUAAAAUUAGACGGCUUACAGAUAUGGGAGUUGAUGAACACAGCGCCAGAGUAGCACUUUCUUCAUAUAACUGGGAUUUAGAGCGUGCUACAGAACAAAUUUUCAGUUAGUAAUUAUUAUAAUUAUUGGUCAUAAUUAAAUAUUUCAAUCACUUUCGAGUAUCAUUAUCAUACAUCAGUUAACAUAAUGAUGAUAAUUUUUAUGAUGUAUUAUAGCUAUAAAAUUCUAAAAAAAAAGAACAAGUUUUGAAAAAUUUUGCAUUGAAUAUUUUAAAUU